AGUAACCUUCAGCCGGAAGUUCCUGGGCCUGCCUGAGGAGGGGUGGGGGCGGGGAGCCGCAGGCGGACUGCGGGCAGGAUGGCGGCUCAAAUUCCAAUCGUGGCUGCCACUUCUACUCCGAUCAUAGCCAGGAACAGCAAGAAGAGGCCAGCCAGUCCUUCCCACAACGGCAGCGGUGGGGGAUAUGGCACCAGUAAAAAGAAAAAGCUCUCCGCCUCCAGCUUUGCUCAGGGUGCCAGCAUUGAAGCCGUGAGUGAGAAUAAAAUGGUGUCCUCUGAGUUUAGUUCGGGGCCUGUGGAAAAAGCUGCCAAACCGCUGCCUUUUAAGGAUCCCAACUUCGUGCACUCUGGCCACGGCGGCGCAGUAGCUGGCAAGAAGAAUAGAACCUGGAAGAACCUCAAACAGAUCCUCGCUGCUGAAAGGGCAUUGCCAUGGCAACUGAAUGAUCCUAACUACUUUAGUAUUGAUGCUCCUCCAUCCUUUAAGCCAGCUAAGAAGUAUUCCGAUGUUUCAGGCCUUCUUGCCAACUACACAGACCCUCAGAGCAAGCUGCGGUUCAGCACCAUUGAAGAGUUUUCCUACAUUCGCAGGCUACCGUCUGAUGUCGUCACAGGCUACCUGGCCCUGAGGAAGGCCACGAGCAUCGUUCCCUGAGCCUGGGAAGUGGAGAUGAAGUGGAAAUGACCUUGAAAACAGACUCUGCCCUUAUGGUUUUGUUUCAGGGAAACAGAUGUGUUCUGCUGUCAAUCCAAGAGUGUCAGCUCUGUGUCGUGCAAAGAUUGUCUGGCUUUACCAUGAGGGUCUUUCUGACUUUUUCCCUCCAAGUGUGAUGUACCUCUUUUAAGUCAUAUUUCAGUUGUUGCAAGUAAAAAUUGUUUGAUAAGAAAAUAUAGUAAAAUUACGCAUUUAAAUUAACUCAGGCAAGUCCCGGAUUUGGUUUGCGAGUUGUAAACCCUUGUCAAACAUUUUCAAUGAAUGUGCAAUGAAAACACAGGUCUGGAUCGUCCUGGACCUUGGCCAGCAUGUCAGCCCUUCCCCGGAUCAGAAACUUCUCUUUUCUGCUGUGCUGGCAGGAGUUGGAAACUUUAGAAGACUUUAUCCAUCAUGGCAUGCCUGCUGGUGAUUUGUCUCUGCUAAAGCCCAAAGGAUAAAUCCAGCCUUAAAAGGAAAAGCAGUCGAAGAGACAGAUUUUGGAGGCCCAGCAAUUAAGAUCACCUAUUGCUUUUGUAGGGCACCCACGUUUGGUUCUUAGUGCUCACAUGGUGACUCCCAACUGUCUCUAACUCCAGUUCCAGGGCAUCCAACCCCUCUUCUGACCUCCAAGGACACAGAGUGUGUGUAUACAUAUGCACAUGUAUGCAGACAAACUCUCGUAAUUAUAAAAAUAAUAUGAAUAUUUUUUAAAAUUUGUGUUUUCUUCUCAAGACCACACUGAUAUCCACACUGCUCUGACGUGAGUCCUGCUAAUACAUGCUGCAUGUCUCCACUGUAGAAGAGGAGCCAAGAGGUACACCUUAGAGUGGCCAGAUGUCAGAGACUCUGCUAGAGCGGGGAGAGGAGAACCAUGCCACGGUCGUUACUUUUCCUGCAGUGACCACAUGUCUGGCAUGGAGGAUGCGUGUCCACAGCUGUGGGGCAGGCAUGAGGCAGCUGGCCACACCGCAGCCACGGCCAUGAAGCAGAGAACAGACAAAAGAGGAUGGGAAUACCCCCGAGAAGAUGUGUGGGGAUACUUACGUUCACUUUUAAUCGGGAUGCUGGUGUCACAGUGUUAAAGGAAUGGGUUCGUAUUUUAGAGACAGAGGCUAACACAUUAAUGGACAGAGCAGUGUGGUAUCUGUGAUUUGUUUUAGGAUGACGUAGGAGAGAGGAAAUAGAUGGAAGUAGUGUUGAGACAAGAUUGGCCGUGAGUCAACUAUUGUGUGCUAAGUACACGGAAGUUCAUUACACUGUUCUACUCUGUGUGUGUUCUAAUUUCUCCAUAAUAAACUUAACAAGG